AAUUUAGAAGAAGAAAAGCAGGAUUCAGGAGUUGCGCAUGCGUAAUAGGUCUGGUGAAAGGAAUUAUGGCCGACACGAUGUAUAUGGAUGAUUUUCCUCCUUUACCUUCGGGACUGGAGGAGGUAAAUAAGAUGAUAAAGGAGAAUGGUGACCUGUUUUAUGACACCCUGUGUACAGUCUGCAAUGCUGUCCUAAUUUCGGAAUCUCAGAAGUUGACUCAUUAUCAGAGCAUGAAACAUGCUAACAAAGUGUGGCGCUAUCGUUCUGGAAUAAAGGACAGGGAGCCACCAGUGAAAAGGUUGAAGUCGUCAUCAGAUGACAGUAUAAAGGACUGUAACAGUGGAGAUGCAGACCGGUCAAAGGUGUGUGAUACAUGUAAUAUGACCUUCUCCUCUCCUGUGGUGGCUGAGUCUCACUACAAAGGCAAAGUCCAUGCCAAGAACCUGAAGCUGAAGAGCUUUCGUCCCCUAAUCUGUAAAACGGCACCACCAGUUCAGCCGAAGAAGAAACCUGCAGAAGAUUUGAGUGGCGACAACGAAUCGAGCCGAUUCUGCUCCAUGUGCCAGGCAACCUUUAACAACCCGGUCAUGGCUCAGCAGCACUACAUAGGCAGGAGGCAUAGACGACAGAUGAGCAAACUCAAACUGAUGGAGAUGUACGGCCCCUUCACAGCACAAGCUUCUGCACUAAAGCGAUACCCGUGCACCACCUGCAGCAUUGAACUAAACUCUGUGUCACAAUACCGGGCUCACGUCCUUGGCGCUAAACAUAAGAACCAAAUGAAGAAAUCAGGUCUGAAGAUUGAACAGAAGCCAGACACAGCAGAACAAUCACACGGGGACAAGAACCCCAGCGGAGGUGACACGCACAAUGCCAAAAAUGACCAGUAUGUUGUCACAGAGGACCACUAUGGCACCGGGAAUGACCAGUCCUGCACUAAGGAUAACCAGCAUGCAGCUGGGGAUGACCAGUAUGCAGCUGCAAGUAACCAGUACACUCCUGAAUACAAGGUGUACUCAGAGGAGUACCGCUAUACUUGAGGCUAGACUGGGAGGGACUGAGGAGGUUUCAGUCAGGACUUGGAAUGACACACAACAACCAGCCCCUUUAACACAUUAACAAUCCAUCAACCUCCACGGUCCACCAGUUUUUUCUGGUCACUCCUCACUAGGAUUUUACCCCCUGGAACACUCAUGUAAUCCCCAGGUUUGGACCGUGGAAUAAUCCAAUGUGGCCAUUUAUCAUUGGUUUUGUUUGUUGUCUUUUUUUAUUUACUUUUCUCCUUUGACCAAAAAUCUGCAGAUAUGUGGUAAAACUCUUCAAAAUGUGAUGUUGCACAAUCCCAUGAUAAAAAAUGUCUGUGAGGGUUCAGCUGACCUCUACUUCUGUGAAAACCGCUUUCAUACCCAUGUACACUGGGUCUAGGUAUUGUGUGAAGGUUGUCGGGACUGGGGCAGAUAUAUUUUUUUUCCCAGUACAUUAACCCUGUAAAGCCUGACACAUCAAAAAAUAGCCAGAACAUUCAAA